AUGUUAUUGGGAGUUAGAAGGUACGUUGGGAGCUGUCGUAGAGCCGGGGUUAGGUGGUUCAAAGCUGAGCCAGUUGCAGGACCACCAAAAUUGCCAAAAGAGGACCAGGAAGAGUUUGAACGGUUGCAGAAGAUUGCUCAGUCUCAGGAAGCGAUAGAUGCAUAUAACAGAGAAGUUGAAGGUGAUUCGACAAAGGAAAGUUUGAAUUCUCCGUUAUUGACCAAGAAUGAUAUUGGUUCGUUCUCGCCGGAGUUUACGAAGACUCUUCCUGAAUUUGAAGGUGACAAGAACCCAGAGACUGGUGAGAUUGGUGGGCCUAAACAGGAUCCGUUGAGACAUGGUGAUUACUCUUUCAAUGGGAGGGUCACUGAUUUCUGA